CGACGCUUCCUCACGUACACACAAACACACACACGCACACACACGUACACGGCGGUAAGAAUUGACGUACACACACACACACACACACACACACACACACACAGUGAAAUUUUUAAUAUCUGCAAAAUUAUAACUUACAGAUUUAUAUGAUCAACAACAACAACAACAACAACAACAACAACAACAACAGUCCUUACCCAUGAUGUCGCAUAGCCUUGUCUUCCUCCUCCUCCUCCUCGUCUUCUUCAUCCUGUCUGGUCAUGUGAGGUGUGUCCGUAUCACCCGACUGGAGGUGCCGGCGCUGGUGGGGGUGGAGGACGCGGUGGUGAUGGAUUGCGUCUAUGUGCUGGAAGAUGGGCUGACGGAGGGGCUGGUGGUCAAGUGGUACCUCGACACCAUCCACCUCGUGUACCAGUGGAUCCCCCCGCGGCGUCCUCAGGCCCUGGGGGUGCUGGCGGGGCGCGUCGACCCCUCCUACCGCGCCUCCCCGCACCCCUGGGCCGCCCAUCGCGCACUCUACAUCCCGCGCCCCCUCCCAGCGCUCUCCGGCCGCUACUCCUGCACCGUCAGCACUUUUGAGGACGAGGAUACCCGCUCCGCCCCGAUGCUUGUGUGGCGUGCCGCCCGCCAGGUGAGUCUGAGGUACCAGCGGCCGGCCCCUCACCUGGUCAACGUUACCUGUGCAGUGGAGGGCGCGGCGCCGAGACCUCUAAUUACCUUGCACCGCGCACACCUUGACAGCGAUAGAUACCCCAUCGCAAUAAAAGGGGAGGUGGGGAGGGUGGGAAGCAGUGGACUAUGGGAGGUGGAGGUGUGGGGACUGCUGGAGGAGGAGGAGGAAGAGGAAGAGGAAGAGGAAGAGGAGGAGGAGAAGAUGGUGGAGUGUCACGUGUCUCUCCCUGGUAUUGAGUUUUCGCAGGUGACCGUCGGUUCGAUACCCACAGAUCUUCCUAUCAUCACCACUACCACCACCACCACCACCACAACCACCACCACCACCACCACCACCACGGACAGAGGAAGGACCCCCCCCUCCCCCCUCCUCCCAAAUUCUACACAGGCAAGCUUCUACGCCAGUCACGCGGGGAGGCUGCUGAGCCGUGUGCGUCUGUGUGCGUUUUCAUGUGCGUUUAUCCUGUACUCUUACACACGCACACACGCCCUCUAGAAUAACGCACACGGGCUAUAUUUUUACGCACAUAGAAGAGAAACGGAAGAAAUAAAGACAAUGGAGAGAGAAAAUAAAGAGAGACAUUGAAGAGGAAGAGAAAUGAAGGAGAAAAUGAAGGAAAAAACAAAAAAAAAAAAUAUUAAUAAUUUGUAAUACUGAUAGACUUAGGACAUAAUUGUAAGUCGAUAGAUAGAUAGAUAGAUAGAUACAGAUAGAUAGAUAGAUAGAUAGAUACAAAUAGAUAGAUAGAUAGAUAGAUAGAUAGAUAGAUAGAUAGAUAGAUAGAUAGAUAGAUAGAUAGAUAUUUAAAAAGACCAAUAGACGAAUAGACAAUAAUAGAUACAUAGAAAUAAGUUAAAUAAUGAUAGAUAGAUUGAUAGUUAGAUAGAUAGAUAG